CACCCCAUGUUUAGCAUUGCCAUCGGCCUACCCCAGGUUAUUGAGCAUCCGAUGAUUUUAUGUCAGAUGUGCCCCUUCAUUAAGUCCAAUGUAUGUUUUGGGUGAGAUGUAGCCCUGAAAAUCCAUUCGGAAUAGUAGAACAGAACCAAGUGCUGUAGAAACGGGAAAGAAACGAUAGAAACCGAAUUACAAGUCGUCGCUGGUUCCACAAGGCUCCCCCCCCGAUAUAUUGGUGUUAUCUGGAUUGCCCCUUGGUCUUGAUUCUUGAGUUCUCCGAUCCAAAUGGAGCACAUGGAGCAGACCAGGAUAGUUUGUCAAUUGAUCCGAGAUGGUUCCUGGGUGAUUGUUCUCGGCCGAUCCACGCUGUAAAGCAUGACUUUUUAACCAUUAUGGCUGGCUAGAAAGCCAUUCCUCCCUCCCUGUGGUUUAAGGCGGUGUCCGACAGGGAGGGCGGAGCUUUUUUGUACCUUACUUGACCUUGUUCCUGGAUCCGACCGGGAUCGAACGUCGGAAUCUGUGAUACAUACUAUCAACAUGCCCAAACUGGCACGGGUAGAGCCGGAAUGCGGCCCGAAAAUGCGAUGCACUCUGCACACGGGUUGUCUCAUGGCUGUGGUGGCCCAUUGUCCGGAAGCCGAGGCCCUUCUGUUCAUGGCCCGCAGCGGAUUUUGUGGCCAAGUGGCCCGGGCUCGGGAUAAAAUGGGCCGCACUUUGCUUCAUGUGGCCAGUUCAUUGGGCCAAAGACAAUUGGUCGAAUGGCUGAUACGGUUCAGGGAAUCGCCCAUCAACGGGAAGGAUGGGGAAUCGGGGUAUACGGCCUUGCAUCGGAGCCUUUUAUUUGGGCAGAUCCACAUCGCCGAGUUGCUCAUUGAGUUGGGCGCCAAUAUGAGCUUGGUGGAUUAUGAGGGGUUUACUCCGGCGGACAUUGUGGUCCAUGCUCGACCGAGGGCGUGGGAUUUUAGUGCCAAGAACCCCUGUGAUGUGUUCCUUUGGGGCUCCAAUUCGAACUUCAAUCUGGGCAUUGGGCAUCAGCAACAACGGCUGUUGCCCGAGAUCCUGGAGUAUUUCCGGCGUCACAAAGUUUUCAUCCGAGAGGUGAUUAUGCAGAAGUUUCAUACCGCCUUCUUGGCGUCCGAUGGCGGAGUUUACACUUGCGGUCACGGCCGUGGAGGACGACUAGGUCUGGCCAGUGAAGAGGCUCAACUGCACCCGAGAUUGGUCAAGGCCUUGUCGCAAGUGGAAGUGACUCAGGUGGCAUUGGGUACGGAUCAUUCGGUGUUCUUGAAUGCCAAGGGAGCUGUUUAUACUUGUGGCACCAAUGAAUACCACCAGCUGGGCCAUGGAACCACCUCAUUGGAUAACACCACGCCCCAAUUAGUGAGUGCCAACACAAAGGUGGCCAAAGGCCACAAAUAUCCCUCGGCAUUAGGCGUGGCUGCCGCCCGUUUCCAUUCCGUGUUCUGGACGUCAUCCUCGUUAUACACGUGGGGCCUCAACGCUGGUCAAUUAGGGCACUUGAAAGGAGACAAGACCAUACCUCACCCCAAACUUGUGACCUCUUUGAACCAAAAGGACUUGAAGAUUCAGACCGUGGUGUGCACCGAUGGAGCUACCGUGAUUCUAACCGAAAGUGGCGAGCUGAUUGCUCUGCAUGAAUAUCAAACGCGAAGGAUCACCGUGCGGCAGUUCAAUGUGAGCAAAAUCGCCGUGAUUGGAGGUCACUUGGAUUUUAAGCUCAGUUCGCAACUCUUGAACGAUCAGACCUCGAAACUGGUUGAACGCGGAGGUGAAGAUCUGAAAGUGUUUCUCCUCUACAAGACGGGAAAGCUCGCUGUUUGGGACGAAAGCCGUGGUUCCCAGAUGUUUCAGUGCGUGUUCAACAUGAGCAUGCAACUCAAUGUGUCGGAUAUUGCGGUCAGUCGAAACGCCAUCGUGUUUUUGACGAAAGAAGGCCUGGCCUAUGAAGGUCAGCAUGUUCCCAAGAAGGAAAAAAGCCCGCUCUCCAAAGAGGAGAGAGCCCUAUUGACACCCCUGGGACAAUUUAGGGACAAGACUUUGGUGUAUUUGGUGAAAGUGAAACGAAUACCAGGAAUGCAUAGAUGUGCGGCCAUUUUUUCUGAUCCCAAGGGCAAAAAUUUUGCCGUCUUACAAGGCCUCCCCAAUGAAAUGUUCACCGAAUUCCCAGAUAUUGAGCCGUCCACAAUGAGAUCGAAUAUGAAAACCUUCCUUGACGAGACUUCCGAUAUGGACGCAUUGCAUGAUGUGACCUUCGAAGUCAAGGGUGUCAAAUUUCCCGCUCAUAGGUUCAUUUUGGCGAGCGUGAGCGAUCAUCUCGCCCGCCAAAUGUCCCAAUCCAAAGAGUUAACGCUUGAUGGCUUGGAACCAUAUCAUUUUGAACAGAUCCUGCAAUACGCGUACACAAGAUCCUGCGACUACCUUGUUCCUGGUCCUUUGAAAUUCCAAUCAGGAGCCACCUUCGACACCUCGAAAGGUCAAGUUGUUCCAGGGAACGGAUACAGCCCUAAAAAUCCAGAACAAGAAUCGGCCUUUUCGGUGCACUCCAAGAACAAACGAGAUAAGAAAUCGCCUCCUAAAGACAAUGGACAUGCACAACCGAUCUCUAGCCCACUUCAGGCUUUCCGCGACAUUUGCAAGACGCUUUGCAUUCAUGGCCUGGUCAAGGCCUUGGAGAACAUGAAGUUUGUGCAAGGUGAAAUCCAAGCUAAGGUCCCUUCGAAGCAUCGACGAUCCUGUCCGUUGCCCACGUUCUCGAGAAAAAGCUUUCCGGAAUUCCAUGACGUGUGCAUCAAAACCGAUGAUGGAAAUGAAUUGUCCGCUCACAGAUGCGUCCUUUCCGCCCGGUCAGAUUAUUUCCGGGGCAUGUUCAGUUACAACUGGGUGGAGGCAAAGGAGGGCCAAGUUUUGACUUUGCCUGUGUCCUCGAAAGUUCUGCCCAUCAUAUUGGAGUUUCUGUACCGAGAUGAGGCCUCGCAAAUCUCCGCCUCGGAAGAUCCUGAACUCGUUUGUAACACGUUGGUAGUGGCGGAUCAACUCCUCAUGGGACGUUUGGUUAACUUGUGUGAGAGCCAUCUGUGCACCUUGUUCUCUUUGAGGAACAUUGCCGAGAUCUUCCAGUUUGCUUUGGAUUACAACGCCGUGAACUUGGAACGAGGAGCCAUGCAAUUCAUCUGCCAAAAUCUGUUGAGCGUGUUGGAAUCCAGGAGCUUGACUGGCAUGGUUUCGAUCGAAGGUCUCGAGAAGCUGACCACUUACUAUGUGCGGGAUUAUCUCGGAAUAUCAAGGCGGAAAUUAUCCUUUGAUUCACUUGGACCGACGCCGGACGAAGUGAGUAAAUUUGCCAGUUCUUGUGCCAUGACCGUGGACGAUUUGUUCGAAGAAGAGAAGGCUUUGAAAAUGGGAAAACCAGUGGAGAAACGACUGAGAAGACACAGUUCUGGCGACAAGAAGCCCGUGGGACGUAAUAGAACCGUUUCAAACUCCAGUUUUGGAUCGAACCACUCAAUCGGGGCUUCGGAUCAGGAAUCCAAGGACGUCCCCGACGAUGUUUCCGAUUUGUCUUUGGACGAUCUCGAGCUCCAAGAGCGUUUGGACAUUAAUUCGAAUAUCAACGGGGCAUCGCUAACUCCACCAGCAUCUAGCGAGGUUCCGCUCCACCAGCAGACGUCGCUCUCUACAUUUUUUAUUGAGCCCAAGGACAACAAGGACAAGGUAUUCAAUAAGAAGUUUGUGAAAAAAUCUCAAAAAGAGCGCAAGAAAGAGCUCGAAUCUGCAUCACAUCAACCACCCACUACACCUCCAAACGUUUCAACCAAACUACCUUGGGGUGGAUGGGCGCCAGUGGUGGAGCCAACACCAGAGGUCUCCGUUCUUUCCGAUGUCUUUCGACAAUCUCCCAAGUUCGCCACACCCAAAGAGGUCAGGUCUACGCCCAAAGAACGUCGCCCGAGGAAACAAUCGUGGAAGCAGCUAAGUUUGACCGAUGAUCCCAGUCCCGUCAAGUCCCCGCCUCUCCAAAAUCCAUGGAAGACACUUCCCCUAUCCCCGCCCACUUCAGAUCCAAUGCCAACUUGUUCCGAUGUCACUGAUGGCGGUUUCAAAGAGAUCCUAAAUUUUGAAGUGAAGCAAAAUGAGUCCCUUUUUAGGGCCACUUCCAAACCUUUGAGUGUGACUCAGAAGGAAGAAAAAGCUAUUGAAGAAUUGAGAGCGUUUUACGGAGCAGAGCAGAUUUUUGAUGAGCGAAUUUCCGUGGUCCGAGUGGAUCAAGCUCCCUUGGCCACUCCCAUUUGGAAGCGGAAGUGAAACAAUUUCUCCACAGGUUAAGAAGAGCGAUUCAUAUUUUAUGUAUGCUAGUAUUUUUUUGUGCUAAAAAUUGUUUCGAACAAGUAAAUUCCUAAUCUUGACAA